AUGGCUUUGCAGAUUGCGAGACGUUUCCUCCAAAUCCACACAGCAGAUGAGGUAUUCACAACCACCUUCAGGAACCCUACCAACAGGCUUUUCUCGCCGACCGAUCGGAGCUAUUCUUCUAGCUCCUCCGAUCUCAUUCGCGCCACUCUCUUCCCCGACGACGGUAUUGGUCCCGAGAUCGCAACCUCUGUCAAACAUAUAUUCAAUGCUGCAGAAGAACCAAUUGAAUGGGAAGAACAUUUCGUAGGGACAGAAGUAGAUCCCAGAACCCAAAGCUUUGUCACAUAGGAAAGUCUAGAAUCUGUAAGAAGAAACAAGGUUGGAUUAAAAGGUCCCAUGGCUACAACAAUUGGAAAAGGUCAUCGUUCCUUGAAUCUCAC